AUGGCAAUGGCUAAGCUCACUGCUCUUGUUCUUCUCCUCGCACUCAUUGCCAUCUCCACCCUCUCCACCACGGCACUGGCGAGCCAAUACCAACUUGACUCGGCACGAUAUGGUCCUGGCAGCUUGAAGAUCGGCCAAUGCGGCUCUGAAUGUUCGAGGAGAUGCAAACGGACACAGUACAAGAAACCGUGCCUGUUCUUCUGCAACAAGUGUUGUAGGAAGUGCCUUUGCGUGCCCCCGGGGUAUUAUGUUUCCUCUACACUGUCACUUCUAGAGUUCAAUGACACCUCCUUAAUUCCAGAAUCAGUCCUUCAGUUUAUCACCAUGACCAAUAGUAAUAACAAUAAUUUGUCGAUGAACUUUAAACCGAAUCCCGAAACUAACAAUCAGCAGAGUCCGGCUAUUAGUCCCAUUGACAAAACCUUAGAGAAACAAGAUAUCACAGUUGAGGAUCUUGUGCCCCCCGAGAAGACUUUAGUCGAGCCCCGAAAAUAUAUUCCAAGAAAAUGCGACAAAAGCCGAGCCCUUUUGAGAGUAUACAUGUAUGACUUGCCGCCCGAGUUCCAUUUCGGGCUUCUCGGUUGGGAUUCAACAGCAAGCCAAAUGUGGCCUAAUGUAGCUGACAGAAAGAGUAUACCAUCUUACCCGGGCGGGCUAAAUCUACAACACAGCGUGGAAUACUGGCUGACGCUGGAUCUUCUUGCAUCGAGCACCGAAAAUAUAACUCGGCCGUGUACUGCAUUUAGAGUCACGAACUCGAACGAAGCAGAUGUGAUAUUCGUCCCGUUUUUCUCGUCCUUAAGUUACAACCGCAAUUCUAAGCGUCACGAAGGUCAGAAGUUUGGUGGGGAUCGAGUGCUUCAGGAGAAAUUGGUGGAGUUUUUGAAGAAUAGGAAGGAGUGGAGAAAAUUGGGCGGGAGGGAUCACGUGAUCAUGGCUCAUCACCCGAACAGCAUGUUGUUUGUGAGGAGAAAAUUGGGAUCUUGCAUGUUUGUGCUCUCGGAUUUUGGGAGGUACUCGAAUAAGGUGGCUAACUUGGAGAAGGAUGUGAUUGCUCCUUACAAGCAUAUGGUGAGGAAGGUCCCGGGUGGCGAGUCGGCAAGUUUUGACGAACGGCCCACAUUAGUGUAUUUUCAAGGAGCAAUUUACAGGAAAGAUGGCGGAGCAAUUCGUCAUGAACUCUACUACCUACUAAAAGAUGAAAAAGACGUUCACUUCACGUUCGGCACAGCCCAAUCGAGCGGCGUGAAAAAUGCCGGUAAAGGAAUGGCCGCCUCGAAAUUUUGCCUCAACAUAGCUGGCGACACCCCUUCUUCAAACCGCCUAUUUGACGCAAUUGCUGCAAACUGUGUGCCCGUUAUAAUCAGUGACGAUAUAGAGCUUCCCUUUGAGGAUGUGCUCGAUUAUUCCAAAUUUUGCGUGUUUGUUCGGGCAGCUGAUGCAAUGAAAAAAGGAUACCUAUUGAAACUUCUGAGGGGGGUUUCGAAGGAAAAGUGGACUGAAAUGUGGGAGAAAUUGAAGGACGUGAGUGGGCAUUUUGAGUAUCGGUUCCCUUCCGAGGCGAACGAUGCUGUGGAUAUGAUUUGGCAGACGAUCGCACGGAAAAAUACGAGGAUGGCUCGGCUGAAUUCCCACCGUAAGAAUAGGUACAGCAGAUCAUGGCUCUUUAGGUAA